CAAAUAAUUCUGCUCAAGACCUUGCAAUUCAUUCUUAUAGAUUGAGCAGACACCAACCUUAAGACGUAUCUUACUUUUCGGCAUUGCUAAAUAGAUCCAACCCUUCAUCAUCAAAUCCAUACCUACAUCUGGCGCAACCGGCAAAGUUAAACGAUAUGUUGAUUGGCUUGUGUGGAGGUAUCUGUUCUGGCAAGCAUGCAGUCGCCGAGUAUCUUAUCCGUGAGGAAGGUUUCCAACUACUUGAACUAAAACGUGGGGAGGCAACUGGAACAUUGGAUGAGUCUGAAUAUCUCAAUCAGUCACAGCUCUCCCCGCGAAAGGAAAGUCAUCCUUCAUCAGAGUUUGUAUUCGAAAAUGCGGAAGCUCUCUUAGAUUUUGUAACCCAAAGAUGGCAGGGACUUUGGGUCACGACAGAAAUAUGGGAGUCGUCUGUCCUGGAUCGUUUUCUGCAGCGCCCUUUUUUUCUUCUAGUGAGCAUCGAUGCGCCCGUGAGUCUUCGUUGGAAAAGAUUUGUUGACAGAUGUCGUAAGAUGCAGCUAAAUACCCCACCUCUCGAGAAAUUUGUUCUCUGGAGCGAUAAGCAUCUCUAUGACAAGAACAUUGGACGUGUCUAUCUCACGGACCGUGCUCAAGUUCGACUGUUCAACUCCUCUUCAUCACUACAGGAGUUGUAUAACGCUCUCAAAUCAAUCAACCUGGCUGACGAGCAACGGUUACGCCCACACUGGGAUCAGUAUUUUAUGCAGUUAGCAUCACUAGCUGCACAGCGAAGUAACUGCAUGAAGAGAAGGGUUGGGUGUGUGCUUGUUCGAGAGCGUCGCGUAAUAAGCACAGGAUACAACGGCACUCCACGACACCUGACAAACUGCAAUGAAGGUGGAUGUCCAAGAUGUAACAGUGGAGAAGGAGGAGGUCGAGGCUUAUCUACGUGUUUAUGCUUACAUGCGGAAGAGAACGCACUGCUAGAAGCUGGGAGAGAACGUAUCAGAGAAGGCACGAUAUUAUACUGCGAUACAUGCCCUUGUUUGACCUGCACAGUUAAGAUUGCCCAGGUGGGUAUCUCUGAAGUUGUUUACUCGCAGGGAUACAAUAUGGACAAGGAUAGCGCCGCAAUUCUGAGAGAAGCCGGUGUUCGGCUCCGGCAAUUUUCUCCGCCCAGCAAUGGUCUGAUCUAUCUGGAAGGCUGCGACAAUAAUGCAUAAACUACUACUGCAGGAGAGCAUGUGCUACAAUGUACUUCUAUGAGAUUACUACCGAGCACCAUAGUGAAUACGAUUCUCGAAAACUCUGAG